AUGGCGAUCCCGACUGAUGAAAUGGAGAUGGAGAAGAUAGCUGAAGAUGAGCUUGCGAAGCUUCAGAGACAGUUUCGUGUGAUGGAGAUAGACCGGGCUACUGUGAUCAGCAGCGUGCAACCGACUCUGAGGGUCCAGAGGAACAUCAUCAAGAGCUUGCAGGACGAGCUGGAUAAGAUAAUGUUGGAACUAAAGUUGACAAAAAGCACAUCCAAUGUGAUGGAGAACGCUAAGACGAGAGAGAAGUUGGUCCUCCUACUGAAAGACCACGACAGGUUCUCGUCCGAAGUGCGGGAACACCGCACCAACAUCGGGGAGCUGAACUUCCUCCUGAAGCAGGUGCAGAAGGAGAUCAAGGGUCUCAAGGCGAAGGGGACGGGCUCGGAAUUGGCAUAUGAACAAACCCUAACAAACCAGACGGUGAUCAGCCAACUGGAGAACCGGCUGGACACAGCCAUGAAGAAGUUCAACUCUGUCAACAGCGACAACUACAAGAUGCGGCUUGAGAUCGACAAACUACUCAGGGAUAGGCAAUUUUUCAACAUGAUAUGGCGCAACCAGCUUAAGCGUCUGAUGGACGGCAAGGCGCAAAUCCUGGAGCUGGUGGAGCAGGCCAUCAGCGCGUACGACCAGCGCGAGGAGUGGUGCGCGAAGCUCGACGCAUUGAAGGAGAAGGCCGCUAUUGAUUACAGGAAGCAUUGCAUGGAAGUGCGCGAACUACAGCGCCAGUUAGACCACAGCAUGAAACUGGAGGAGUUCUUAAGGACCAAAGGGACGGUACGACUCACAGCCGCCGAUGCGAAGGCGGAGGCCAAACGACUGGAGCAGCAGGAAGAGGAGAUGAGGGCCUACAACAACUACGUCACCAUACUGGAGGCCAUCAAGGAGUUCACUGGUGAGGACGACGUGGACAAACUAAUAUCAGAGUUCACGCGGCGCGAGGAGGAGAAUUAUGCGCUCUUCAACUACAUAAACGAAGUCAACACCGAACUCAAAAACCUAAGCGAUAAUGUAAAGAUGUUGACGGAUAACAUAGACGAGGAACGCGUCAAACAUCAAGCCAAGAUGUGUAAGCAGCAGGACAGCAUAGAGUCGUUGAAGGUGACUCUAGAAAAAAAACGCACUACAACUGCCGAACUGCAGGCCACCUGUGACCGCAGCAGAGAGGUGCUUGCCGAUCUGCUGCAGCAGAUACAGAGUUUAGCUAUAACGGCUGAAUGCAACUCAUUGCCGCUUCUGAAGCUGCUCGGCAAGGCGUUCGACGUGAAUGUGACCAACGCUCGUCUCUACAUCAAGAGCUUGGAGAAGAAGAUCACGGAAACCGUAGAUGUCAUCAGGUUGGAUGAGGCAUUGCAGCGAGCUAGCGAGAGUAAGGAGCGUACUCCGCCAUCGUCGCGGCGCCGCCCGAAGAAGACGCUGCCCGUCAGACAACGGCCCAGGGAACAAACUGCGCACGCUUAGUCAAUUUAUGUACCUAAAUGAGUUAAUUUAUAUACUUACCUACUUGAUCAUAAAUACCGAUAUUGGUGCAAGAAAAACACGUUUAAUUAGUCACUAGCGGCCCGCCCUCGCUUCGC